AUGGGCACCCAAUCCGCUCAACCCGACACUGUCAGAGCCACCAAAUCGCCGGUGAUCUCAUCAAGCAAACCAUUGAGCAUAUACCUCUCGACCUCCUUCACAACAUCGUCCUUCUCAGUUACCAACGCCAUGAGAUUGCUCCAUUCGAGGUCCCACAUACAGUUCACAUCCGCGCCCCCGCCGCCGAUGUCCUUCUCCAGCAUUCUGUACAGUCUCGCCGCUAAAUCACGCUCGUCGCCGAGAUUCCCGCCGUACAGCUUCAGGCUGCUUGAUCAAAUCGUCGAAAGAUCGCACCUUGGGACCGGCCGAGGCUGGUUUCAUGUGGGGGUGGUUUGCGACUCCGUGUCCCCUCGCUUUCCUCUUCAUCACUUCCUGCGCGCAGUUCAGGACGAGCUUGUUUUCUGGGGCUUCAUAAUCUUGUUCUGCCGCGUGGAGGAAGCUGGCGGGCAGGUUGAGCUUGAAAAGCGCUUCUGCUGUGCUGAGGAACAUCUGGCUUUUAAUCGCCAUCUCCUUGAGAUGUUUUUCGGGUUCUGUGAGUUGCUCUCGUCUGUCAGCGGAGUCUCUUCAAGCCCCAUUAAUUUAGCCACGACAUUCGAUAUUCUCUUCUUCUCUUGUGUCGGCUGUGAUGAACUCGAGCUCCGAGUUUGUUUCACUUGCGUAAAAACACCCAAAUCCCUACUUGAUGCUUCUGAAGUCUCGUCAAAUCCCAAUAAAUCCAUCUGCCUCCUUCUCGGCCUAUCGAACGAGAAUUUCGGCCGAUCCAAUUCCCAUUUCUCGGCUAUUUUAGAAUUAUUAUCAUCUUCAUCCUCGUCGAGUAGCUUAAUCCGGCCUUUGUUCCGAAAAUUUACGAGCGGGUUUGUGGCGGAGGCUCGGAUGCUGGUUAGGUUGCCGCCAUUUUCAAAGGCGAGGGCUAUGGCCAUGGAU